ACACAAACACUGGGAGCAGGAUACAGGAGCUCACUGUUCUUACCGUUGGCCAAACCUUUACAAAAUCCCUAAUAAUUUAGCCGGUAAAAGGAGCAGAGAUGCCGAAGAAGAAAGUUUCCAAACUAAAAAAGGCGAAAGCAGGCAAAGGGAAGAAAGACGGGAAACAGGAGGCGAAGGCAGACAGGGAGACUGAGGUAGAGAAAGCUAAAGCCAACGCCGCCCUGUGGGAGUUGAGGUUAAGGGUCACAGAUCAGUCGCUCGUGCAGUAUCAAGAGGGCUGCGGCAAACUGGCACGCGCCAACCAGGAGCUCACCAACCACCUCUACCGUGUGGAGAAGGACAGCAUCGAUAUCAGUGUCUGUAUGCAGAGACAGGAUGCUGCUAAAGAGAAGAAGAUCAGUUUGCUGCAGAAAAGCCUCAAAAGUCAAGAGGCCGAUGCACGUGAAGAGCAAAACAAACUGGCUGAAGAUUACAUACUUCAACUCAGCGAGAUGAAGGGACUGUUCAGAAAGAGGUCCAGUGACUUUAACAUGAUCCAGGAUGGAACGAGGAAAAUCAAGGAGUUUCAGACGAGGAAAGCCCAGAUGGAGCAGGAGCUGAGUGAUAUCAGAGAAAGCAUGGAUAGUGCUGACAAAGGGCACAGGGAAAACCUGAACAAAAUGGAGUGCAGAUUCUUCAAAGAAAAGGCUCGUCUGGAGAGAGAAGCGGAGGAAGCGAUAGCCGUGGCGGCAGACCGGGCCCACAAUGAAGCCAUUGUGCAGUUGGACGACGCAUCCCGCUCUGUGUUCAAGGAGAAUGUGCGUCUCAACGAAGCUCUGAAAUAUCACAUAAAGGAAGCGGGGGACCUGCAGAAACUGACAGACUCGCUGGGAAGGCAAAACGCUUCGCUGGCCCUGGACAAGAAAACCUGCGAGUUGAUGGUAAAGAAGAAUGCAGCUCAGAUGGCGGCCCAGAAAGAUGAGGUAUCUAAACUAAGGGCCAAGGUCAUGUCCUUGGAGAAGGCUCUGGACCUGAAGGGCAGGGAACUCCAGCGAGAGGAAAAGGAGGAGAAGAUGCUGGUCAGUCACCAGGCCGGCCAGAUCGAGCUGGAGAAGCUCCAGAAGGUGCUCGGCAUGCGAGAGAGAGAACUGGGGCACAUCAAGGGGCUGGCGAGCACUAUAGUGGAGCAGCGUACGGAGCUGGAGCAGUUCUUCCACGAGUCACUGGCUCAGGUGAAGCAGGAGAUCGAGGCCAGCAGGCUGCAGUACAAGAAGGAGGCUCUCCAGGCUUAUCGCUGGAGGCUGAGAGAAGCCACAGCAGGAAAGCUAAAGUUCCCACCCAUCCGCACCUUCCGUAAAACACCCCACAGUACCAACUCUGUCUAUUCAGACAUGGAGGCAGCCGCGACGUGGACUCAUCAACCAGGCAGCGAAGUUGAAAUCUCGGAUCUCACUUGGGAGCAGAGGGAACAAGUGCUCAGGCUUCUCUUUGCGAAAAUGAAUGGGCAGCGGGAAAGGAAAGCCGGCCAACAUCUGGCUUUGUCUGCCUCCUCUGAGAAGAAGAGCCUCGUGGACAGCGAUGCUGCCGGAAUUAGAGAGGAGCUCUCGCCGGCGACCUUCAUCACCCAGGCGCCUGAGUUCGCUCUGCCCUCGAACCCAAACACCCUGCCGGAUAUACACACCACAUGACCUCCGUGUGGCCUCUCCAUUGCACAUCACACUCUGGAUUGUUUGCCUCUUGCUCUGUGCGCUUUCCACAAGAGUGUCAAUCAUGUGUUUUUGUAGAAUACAAGUGUUUUGUUGGUGCUCAUU